AUGAUCGUAGCUUUGGUUAAUUAGUUAUUAUGGUUGUAUGUGUAUUUAAGGCAUAGCUAAUAGAGAAACAACCACUGUAAUCAAUGUGUAAUUUGUGACAAGGCAUAUGCAUUGGACAACUGAUCUACGGUACCUAAUACAAAGUACCACGAAAAAUACUUUUCUAGUAUUCGUGCAAAAUACCAUAUUACUCACAGACAACUUUAGGUUAUUGUGAAGUAUUGUCUGAAAUAGGCAGUGCGUUGAUAAUCCUGCAAUCAAUCAAUUUUGAGGCUGUACAUGGGAUUGAUUAAGACUAGGCCUAUAGCCGCGUUUGCACCAAAGUCUUUCACUAAGUUUUCCACUAGUAAGUUGCUCUUUCUACAAAAUAGGCUACAGUGAUUUUUUAUGUCGGUAAAGAUCAAAGAUCAAAGAAAGUAUACAACAACAAACAACAUAAAAUGAAUAAAAAGUUUACAACAAAAAGUGGAAGACUAAACUUAGUUGCUACGCUCAUUGUGCAAGCAACAUGUGGAAAACUAGUGGGGAUCUAGGGUGAAGAUAUUUAUUAGAAAAAAUGGAGAUGGAAAAUGAAAUUCAACAAUGGAAAGUAAUCCAGGCUUUCAAUGUUGAUGCAUCUGAAGUUCAGUUUUGGAAAGCCUUCGAUAUUUAUUCAGAAAGGCCGCACAUAAUCAACAGACGAUUAUUAGGAGCUGAAAUAUUAGCCAUUAUCCAUUUAGAUAACAAUCAAAAGCUCACAUCUAUAAAACAAUUUCUUUUGCACCACAAAAAGGAACCAAAUAUCAAAAUGUUGUUACAAAACGAGUACAAGCCAUUAGAUGAUAUAAAGGGUGAAGAAAGUAGGCCUAACUCCGCAAUUUCCAUAAUUAGAAAGCUUCUUUCAAAAAAUUCUUUUGUUAAGCACCAGUUUGAAAUCAUAGUUAAAGAUAUCAACAGGAAACAAAUAAGUUUUAUAAAUUUAUGUACUGACAAAAAUAGCAUUGGUCCAAAUUUUUCAUAUGCUUUUUCAUUUGAACAAACGAUGUUUAAAUGUUGGGUGGAACAAGGAGUUGAAUCAAUUGAUGCCAGUUGCCAAUGGAUUGUUGGCAAGUUAUCGCCUAAAUUAGUUAAAUGGAUGAAAAAUAUUUCAGAAGAAAAUGUAAAAGAUGUCACAACCUCUCUACGCUUGGUUGUUGUAUCAGAAUACACAUCUUUGUAUACCAGGUUAAAAGAAAAAUAUGGAAAACAACUUGUUAAGAUUUGGCCUGAGAACACAGAUCCAUUCAAGUUUGUCUAUGAAGACAUUGGUAUUGCUACGUACCUUCUUUUGUUGUGGGCUGGAAAAACCAAACAAAGAUUUGUUGAUCUCGGAUGUGGAAACGGACUGUUGGUUCACAUACUCAACAGUGAAGGCCAUCUUGGAAUUGGAUAUGAUUUGCGCCCUCGAAAGAUUUGGACUCUCUACCCUCCCUCCACAAAACUUGAGGUGCGCACAAUCAUUCCUUCUAUAGACACUGUGUUCCCUGAAGCCGAUUGGUUGAUAGGCAACCAUUCUGAUGAACUUACUGUUUGGAUACCUGUGAUGGCUGCUCGAAGCUCUUACACCUGCAACUUCUUUUUACUCCCUUGCUGCCCCUAUGAGUUUGAUGGAAGGAAAUAUUGUCGAACCAACACCUCGGUUAGUCAGUAUAGUGACUUUCUCUCUUAUGUGGAAAAAGUGUGCGAGGAGUGUGGAAUCAUUACCGAAAAAGACAAACUGAGAAUACCUUCAACAAAGCGCUUGUGUUUCAUAGGUACAAAAAGAACCUAUUCACCUAAUGAAUGGAAGGCACAUCUUGAGCGGCUGCAAUCUUAUGUUGAUAGUAAAUGUUGUUUUAUAAAGCAAGAACAUGACCAAACAGGGGAAUCCGCCACCUUAAAGUUCAAACCGAGGGGCGAGGAAAGGGUACGUAACUGUACUCAAAUUCAGCCUGACAUAAGAGAAAGCAUUGUGAGGCUUGUUGUUGAGCAGUUGCUGGCAAAGAGGAAAUCUUGUGAAGGAAGUUGGACCUAUGGCGGUGAUGUAGAAAUCAGUACACUUGCCAAAAUUAUUCCCUUAGACCUUUUAAAGAAACUAAAAAGUGAAUGUGGUGGUUUACAAACACUUUUGAAAAACCAUCAUUAUAUCUUUAAGGUUGAAAAUGGAAAAGUGGGGUUCAGAGUCCCUUCUGUUAAAUCAAAAGAUAAUUCUCCUGUGUGGAAGAAGAAAUCUUGUUGGUUUUAUCACAAUCAUCCUAACUCUUGCCCUUUAUCAGUUGACGCUUGUUCUUUUAUACAUUAAAAAUUAUAUGUAUUGUGUUA